CCUUUACCCCCGCCACCCCACCCGUGCCCGUGCCGCCCUCGACCCCGGUGAUGAUGCCGAAGAGAUGGAGAAACUGUCCGCGAGCAUCUCGGAGCUCUCGUGGAGCGCAGUGUCGCUGCCCCUGGACGCCGUGGUGGGCAAAUUCCGCCUCCCGACUCUGGUGAAGCUCAGCGCCGGUGAGAAUGUGGAAGGGUUGUCCGAGGAAGACGUCGUCCUCUUACACUCAUGCCGGCAGUGGACUACAGUCACCGCUCACUCGCUCGAGGAGGGGCAUUACGUCAUUGGACCCAAGAUCGACAUCCCGCUGCAGUAUCAGGGAAAGUUUAAGUUGCUGGAUCAGGACCGGGAUGUCCGGGAGCCGGUCCAGUACUUCGCGAGCGUGGAGGAAAUCGCCGGAACGUUCCCCGAUCGAGUGUUCGUCAUGGAGCCGAUCACAUUCAGCAUGAAGGUGGUUUCAGGUGAGUUCAGCGAGGACAGUGAGGUGUAUAAUUUUUCCCUGCAGGCGGGAGAUGAACUGACGCCGAUGGGCCGGGCCGAGCUGCUCUGCGUCCAGUCUGCUCGCGAGAAAUCGCGGCUGGCGGCAUUGUUGCGCCGGCUGGGCAGAGUAAGCGGGGCUUCAGGACGUCCCACCCGCACCAAGCUGCCCUGUUUGAUUUGCCUGAACCAGCGGACGAGGGAGAGUGUGCGGUUGCCCCUGCAGUGCCGGGGCCGUUUCUGCACCCGCUCGCCACUGGAGCUGCGCAUGCAGGCAGGCGAGCACACCCUACGCACCAUCAUCGAACGUGUACGGCUGCCUGUCAAUGUAGCGGUACCACCGCAACCACCACCUCCACCUCGCAGCCGCUAUGACCAGCACACCAUUCGCCAGGGCCAGCGAUACAAGCUGCUCGCCAUCGUCAGCCGAACCGUCGUGCUCUGCUGCGUCCUGCGCAAGCAGGAAGUGACGGCGUCGCACUUCCUCUUGCUUAAUGACAUGCCGCGUUUCACGCUGCCCGAUGGCUUGCUACGUGAUGACCCUGUCUACCAGCGGGCGGUGCUGCUGAGUGCGCUGCGCUGCCAGGAAACCUUCGACCCGGACGAUUAUUCCCGGGCCGUGCGGGAGGUCAAGGUAGACCUGACUGAGGAGUGUGUGAGCCCACGAAGGAUACGAGUGUAUCCCGUAUUCUCGCCACAAAGACUCUCACUGUGUGUGUAUGGGGGCGGAGCCAUCACACCCGCACCAACUCCAGGCUCCAGGGACUCACUGGGAGAAACACAAACUCCCCCUGGUGGUGAAGGAGAGCGAGAGGGUGUGAGCGAAGGGGAAGAGAGAGAGUAUGUCACCCCUGAUUGGCCCACAGAGGCACAGGAGAUCCCGUACGAAGAGCUUUGGACCAAUCAGAGUGGUGGAAGCUAUGCAGAGGUUCCUGAAAGCACAGUGAAGGCUGAGCACAACCUCAUAUCCUUCCAUUCAACCUCCUCUUUGGAUGGGACUGUGGGCUCCACUCAUAUUGCGAUGGUGCAGAUGGAGGCAGGACGAGUACCGACUCCACCCCCUGUUCCGCCCAAAUCAGAAGCUGUGAAGGAGGAGUGUCGGUUUUUGAAUGCUCCUCCGGUUCCACCUCGCUGUGCUAAUGUUGGAGGCCCAACCCCCAGUCCUCCAGUGCCACCACGUUUCCUUAAAGCUCCGGCUGUCAAUGCACGCAGUCCAAAUGUGUCUUUUUACUCCUCAGGCCUGCAGGAGAGCUCUGGUCCUCGCAGUGGCAGCAAUUCUCCCUCUCCAGACUCCUACUCCCUCUACUGUUAUCCUUGCACAUGGGCUGAUUGUGUUACCUCAGACCCCUCAGUAUCACCAGACCCUAACCAGACUGCACAGGCCUGCUGGUCACAUCCCCGCACUGGCGGCGUUUUUACUUCCAACAUUCUAAACACGCCCCUCCUUAGCACAGACUCUGCCCACAAAAACUACUCGACCUGUCCCCGACCACGCCCGGCUGCACAGAACCGCUUUGCCCCAUUCGGCGCUCUGAACCCUUUCGCCAAUCCAGGGCAUGCCUCAUCUGAUUGGCUUGCCACAGGCCGGAAAUCCCCUAGUCUGAUGUCUGACCUCAUUAGCAGCACUCCUCAGGAGCCUCAAGCCAAUCAGGAAACAAGCCCGGUUCCUCCACCCAGACCGUUAAAAAGCUUAGAGGAGGAACCGUCUGUGACUUCCACAGUGAGGGGUGCGGAAGGUGGAGCCGGGUUGUCAUGGCGACCCCCAGCAGAUCUGUGCUGGCUCUCGGUGGAAGAGGUGUCAUCCUGCCUACGCUUCAUCGGGCUGGCGGACGAUGUGAUUGGUCUGUUCAGCCGAGAGAGGAUUGACGGGUCGAUAUUCACCCAACUAACUGAGGAAAUCCUGUCUGAAGACUUCAGCCUUACCAAACUGCAGGUCAAAAAGAUCAUGCAGUUCAUUAAGGGCUGGAGACCCAAGAUAUGAGCCUUUAGACAGACAGACACACACACACAGACACACACACAUGCAUUCUAUGAACAAUAUGCAUGAUGGUACAUUCAAAAUGAAGGUUGGUUUCCACAGAGGUUCCUUGACCUUCUGAGGCAUAAAACGGGUCUCUGAACAGUUCCAACAUGAGUAUCUGUUAAACACUGCAGAACAGAUUGGUUGUUGGGUGAAAAUAACGGCAGUACAACAACUCUUCCUGGUCUAUGGAAUAGAAAUGAAAUGUUACAGGAACUAAAAUCAGCAAGUGAAAAUGAAUCAUCUUGAGUUUAUUAACAGAUCUGUGCAGGAAAAAACAUACAAGCUCCAGAUAUAAGGUACCUCACUAUGAAAAAAAUCACUAUUGUUAACUUGCUAAACUGAAAAGAUUUCUCAGUUUUUGGAAGAUGUUCAUGUGGAAUAAAGUGUUAAGUGCCAUAGUUCCUGACAAAAGGUCCCAGAACAGGUACUCCUAGUGGACAAACAUCAAAUUGCAGUAUUGGUCCAGUAAUGGUCUGUAAAGGAUGAUCUAUUAUAGGAUAUAAACUCAGAGCUCUCAAAGUUCUUGAGUUCUUGAGAAAGGUUCCUCUGUUGGUAAUGUGCCUAAUAUCGAACAGUAAUAGCAUAAUCGUGUGUAUGUGUGUGGUAAAAUGAAGAGAUGCACACAUGUUCAUGCCACACUCAUGCUGAUUUAUUUUACGGAGUUGGAUCACUCAGAGUUCAGCUGCUGAACCGUAUCAGACUACUGAAUUGUAUCAGUGUAUGCGUGUCUGUGUGUGAGAAAGUCAAAGUAAGUAUAAACCUCAGUGUGUGUGUGUGUGUGUGUGUGUGUGCUGGCUUUGAAAAGAAAGAUUUUAUAUAUUUAAAUAAAUACCACUGUCAGUACAGAGCUUCUUUAAGGGAUCAUCUCUAAACUCCACUCCUGCACAGACUUGGUUUCUGGGGACCCUCUGAAAAUUACACCUCUUUUAAAAAAAACAACAACUCAUCCACUAAGGACUAAAGGACUACUUAGAGAUGAUCUGGUUUAUAAUUUUUUUUUCUUCUUUACAUUGCCGGUCACAGAGGUGAUAACACACUGCUCAGAAUGAGGUGCCUUUAGAUGAACUAUAAUGGAUAUAAAAGGAAUAAAGGAUAAUUCUGCUAUAUUUUAAAGAAACUUUUUUUUCUUUCAACUGUCUUUGAUUCAUCUCUGUCGUGAUUUUGUUGCACGUGUAGACUGUAGGAACGUCGUUAAAUGAUGGGUUGCGGAUGAUUGUCACUGCGUCUCUGAACAAUUAAGGCUCUGUAGCAGUGUUUUAGGGCCCUGAGUAUAGAGUCUGAGUAUACUAACCCACACAUAUUACUGUUUUUCUUUUUUUUCUUUUUUUUAGUAGAGUCACUGCUGCAUCACAAACUGACCUCGACUUCAACUGAUUGAUUAUUGAUGGAUUGUUGAUUAAAGUCACUUCGAGUCGUAGAA